UGACUCCACUCCCUCCCUGAGUCUUUAACCUCUCUCUCUCUCUCUCUCUCUUAUUUUUCAGCUCAGCCGCUGCUGCCCUCAGGACCGAUAGACUCGAAUGUUUUCAUCAAUCACCCAAAAAAAAGCCAUUUUCACAACCCCAAAGCUUUCCAUCUAAACGCCCUUGAAAAAAAGUUAAAGUCUUUCACUCCCUGAGAUGCUAAUCCGCCGCUCCACUCCACUUUAUUCCCUCUUUCAUCCGCGUGCUGUUAUUCCCUUUCCUCAAUCUUGAUCUAUACCCCCAUACCCACCAGCUCAAAAUCUCGAAACAUACGCAGAUACAGGAGGGAUUUUAUGGAUUCUGUGGCUCUGGAUGAUAUAAUCAAGAGGUUGUUGGAGGUUAGGGGGAGACCCGGGAAGCAAGUGCAGCUUUCUGAGUCGGAGAUCAGGCAGCUGUGUAUGCAGUCCAAGGAGAUUUUCUUGCACCAGCCUAAUCUUCUUGAACUUGAGGCACCCAUCAAGAUCUGCGGGGAUAUUCAUGGUCAGUAUUCUGAUCUACUCAGGCUCUUUGAAUAUGGCGGUUUACCUCCGAAAUCUAACUACUUGUUCUUGGGCGAUUAUGUGGAUCGUGGGAAGCAAAGUCUAGAAACAAUAUGCCUUCUGCUUGCGUAUAAGAUCAAGUAUCCUGAAAACUUUUUCCUUCUGAGGGGCAACCAUGAAUGCGCUUCUGUUAAUCGUAUAUAUGGAUUUUAUGAUGAGUGCAAACGGAGGUUCAAUGUUCGGUUAUGGAAAAUAUUCACGGAUUGUUUCAACUGCCUGCCCGUGGCAGCUCUGGUCGAUGAAAAAAUAUUGUGCAUGCACGGGGGACUUUCUCCCGAUUUGCAUGAUUUGGAUCAGAUAAGAAGCCUGCAACGACCUACAGAUGUUCCGGAAACUGGUUUGCUUUGCGAUCUAUUGUGGUCUGAUCCUAGUAAGGACGUCAAAGGGUGGGGGAUGAAUGAUAGGGGCGUCUCCUACACUUUCGGUGCUGAUAGAGUGACCGAGUUUCUCGAGAAACAAGAUCUCGAUCUUAUUUGCCGUGCUCAUCAGGUCGUUGAAGAUGGAUACGAGUUUUUUGCGGACAGACAACUCGUAACAAUAUUCUCAGCUCCUAAUUAUUGCGGGGAGUUUGAUAAUGCUGGUGCCAUGAUGAGCGUUGACGAGACGUUGAUGUGCUCUUUUCAAAUAUUAAAGCCUGCAGAGAAGAAGCCGAAGUUUGGAUUUGGUAGCACGACAACGGCUAAACCAGGAACCCCUGCAUCGAAAGCAAAGUCGCUUCUCGGUAAAAUAGGAUGAACAUAGUGAACGGAAGCGCGAGUGGAUCACGGGGAGUGUGAACAUAAGGGACAAAAUGGACAAUGGCAAUUGUCUCUCCUGGAGUGAAAUCAGGAAGGCUGUAAUAAUUUUUCUUUUUCUUUUUCCUUUUUUUAUUUUUACUUGUCUGUAAAAAUAUUAGCCAGUUGUGGUGGUGGUAAAAAUGGUUUCACUGACCCUUUUUAACUUGAAAAAUCAGAGAACUUAUUUGGUGUAAUCUGUUACUGUGGAACAAGGUUAGCAAUUGUGUCACUCUCUAAUAAUUGGUGACAAUAUUGAUGAGAACAAUGCCUUUUGGUACACUUA